AUGGCCUCGCGUCGGCCUACCCUUCGCCUGUUUGCUCAGUGCAAGACAAAGCGCCAGUUCAAUAACACCUGGACCCCUCGCCGAGCUGCAUCAAGCUUUCAGAGCUCCGGAUCAGCACGUCAAGCUUUCUCGAACUCGCGCAACUACCUCACCUUGGCUGCCGCUGGCUUGGCUGUUGCCACUACCCUUAGCUACAAGAUGGCCGUCGAAGAUCCCAUCCGAUGCGAUACCCCUACCCUCGCCGAGCGCGACCAACAGACUAAGCGCGAGAAGGGCGUGACCGAUGCCUCGCCAAUGCGCCUGCGCAUGGAGAAGUUCGUCAAGGAGCAACAGAAGGAGAUUGUCAGAGCGCUAGAGGAGGCCGACGGCACACCAUUCCGGGUGGACGAGUGGCAGCGCAAGGAGGGUGGCGGCGGCAUCACAUGCGUCCUCCAGGACGGCAAGGUGUUUGAGAAGGCCGGUGUCGGUGUGAGCGUCGUCUACGGCACUCUUCCCAAGCCCGCCAUCAUCAAGAUGCGCGCGAACCACAAGAACCUGGCCCAGGACGACAACAUUCCCGACAGCCUCGAGUUCUUUGCCGCCGGCCUCAGCCUGAUCGUCCACCCCAAGAACCCCAUGGCCCCGACGGUCCACCUCAACUACCGAUACUUCGAGACGGCCAACCCCGACGGCUCCUCGGGCGCGUGGUGGUUCGGUGGAGGAAGCGACUUGACGCCCAGCUACCUCUUUGACGAGGACGCCAUCCAAUUCCACAAGUCGCUGAAGGAGGUGUGCGACGCGCACGACAAGGAGUACUACCCCCGCUUCAAGAAGUGGUGUGACGAGUACUUCUACAACAAGCACCGCGGCGAGUCCCGCGGUAUCGGCGGCAUCUUCUUCGACGACUUGGACGAGACCGUCUCGGACAAGGAGAACACCUUCGCUUUCGUCCAGGACGCGCUCAAGUCGUUUGCGCCCAACUACAUCUCCAUCAUCAACAAGCGAAAGGACAUGUCGUUCACGGAGAAGGAGAAGGAGUGGCAGCAAAUUCGCAGGGGCAGGUAUGUCGAGUUCAACCUAGUGCACGACCGCGGCACCGCGUUUGGCUUGAAUACUCCUGGUGCGCGCGUGGAGAGUAUCCUCAUGAGCUUGCCUCUGACGGCUAGGUGGGAGUAUAUGUAUGAGCCGCAGCCGAAGAGCAGGGAGGCGAGGUUGGUUGAGGUGCUCAAGAACCCCAAGGAGUGGGUAUGA